AUGAUGGGCUCGGUGCUCCCGGCGGAGGCGCUGGUGCUGAAGGGCGGCCUGAAGGCGCCGAGCCUCUCGCUGGCCGAGGUCAUCACGUCGGACAUCCUGCACAGCUUCCUCUACGGCCGCUGGCGGAACGUGCUGGGCGAGCAGCUCUUCGAGGAGAAGGCCGGCGGAGGGGCCGGCGGAGCUGGCGGCGGCGGGAACCCCAAGACCGCCUUCACGGCCGAGGUGCUGGCCCAGUCCUUCUCCGGAGAGGUUCAGAAACUGUCCAGCCUGGUGCUCCCGUCGGAGGUGAUCAUUGCCCAAAGCUCCAUCCCUGGGGAAGCUGGCAUCUUCUCCAAAACCUGGAUCAAAGCCGGCACAGAGAUGGGACCCUUCACAGGCCGGAUCAUCUCCCCGGAACACGUGGAUCUUUGCAAGAACAACAAUCUCAUGUGGGAGGUCUUCAAUGAAGACGGGACAGUCCGCUACUUCAUCGAUGCCAGCCAAGAAGACCACCGCAGCUGGAUGACGUACAUCAAGUGUGCCCGGAAUGAACAGGAACAAAACCUGGAGGUGGUCCAGAUCGGCAACAGCGUCUUUUACAAGGCCAUUGAGAUGAUCCCCCCAGACCAAGAACUCCUGGUCUGGUACGGAAAUUCCCACAACACCUUCCUGGGCAUUCCCGGCGUGCUGGGCCUGGAGGAGGAGCAGAAGAAGAGCAAGCACGAGGAUUUCCACGUGGCGGAAGCCGGGGCCAGCAGCUCCGGGCGCAUGCGCUGCGUCAUCUGCCACCGUGGGUUCAACUCGCGCAGCAACCUCCGCUCGCACAUGCGCAUCCACACGCUGGACAAGCCCUUCGUGUGCCGCUUCUGCAACCGCCGCUUCAGCCAGUCGUCGACGCUGCGCAACCACGUGCGCCUGCACACCGGCGAGCGGCCCUACAAGUGCCAGGUGUGCCAGAGCGCCUACUCGCAGCUGGCCGGCCUGCGCGCCCACCAGAAGAGCGCCAGGCACCGGCCCCCCAACGGCGCCCUGCAGUCGCACUCGCCCGCCCUGCCCGUGCCGCACCCCGCCGCCCUGGCCCACCACAUCCCAACCAUGGUGCUGUGA